AUGAAAGUUCAAUUGGCGGCAGUGGCUUUUUUAAUAGUCUUGACUAGUUCGGCACUGGGUAGAGUACUUCCCGAAGAGAAGUACGUCAAGAUCCCCUUCACAAAAAGAAAGGACGGCGGCACUGGUGAGCUGAGUAAGAGAUCCAACGGUCAUGAAACCUUCGUACUGGCCAACGAGCAGAGCUUCUAUUCUGUUGAGCUAGCCAUCGGUACGCCUUCACAAAACCUUACUGUGCUGCUGGACACAGGUUCAGCAGACUUGUGGGUUCCCGGCAAGGGAAACCCCUAUUGCGGUUCGGUUAUGGACUGUGACCAGUACGGUGUGUUCGACAAGAGCAAGUCGUCCACGUUCAAAGCCAACAAGUCCUCGCCUUUUUAUGCCGCUUACGGAGAUGGCACCUAUGCUGAAGGCGCAUUUGGCCAAGACAAACUCAAGUAUAACGAGUUAGACCUCAGCGGUCUAUCGUUUGCCGUGGCCAACGAAUCUAACUCGACUUUUGGUGUGCUCGGGAUCGGUCUUUCUACGCUCGAGGUCACCUAUUCUGGUAAAGUCGCAGUAAUGGACAAAAAAAGCUACCAAUACGAUAACUUUCCCCUGUUCCUAAAACACUCUGGAGCCAUUGAUGCGACCGCAUACUCUCUUUUCCUAAAUGACGAGUCGCAGUCUUCCGGCAACAUUCUCUUCGGCGCUGUCGAUCACAGCAAGUACGAGGGCCAGCUGUAUACCAUCCCUUUGGUUAAUCUGUAUAAGUCGCAGGGUUAUCAGCAUCCGGUGGCAUUUGAUGUCACUUUGCAGGGCCUCGGGCUACAAACGGACAAACGCAACAUCACAUUGACCACAACCAAGCUUCCAGCUCUGCUUGAUUCAGGCACAACGCUAACAUAUCUGCCCUCCCAGGCGGUGGCUUUGCUAGCAAAGAGCUUAAACGCCUCGUAUUCCAAGACAUUGGGCUAUUACGAGUACACGUGUCCCUCAAGCGACAACAAAACCAGCGUGGCCUUUGACUUCGGUGGCUUCCGCAUCAAUGCACCUCUGUCCGACUUUACUAUGCAGACCAGCGUGGGGAGCUGUGUCUUGGCAAUAAUCCCACAAGCGGGCAAUGCCACCGCUAUUCUUGGCGACUCCUUCUUGAGAAACGCCUACGUGGUCUACGAUUUGGACAACUACGAGAUUUCCCUAGCACAGGCCAAGUACGGCACGGGGAAAGAGAACAUCGAAGCCAUCAAGUCUACUGUCCCAAGUGCAAUAAAGGCCCCUAGCUAUAACAACACUUGGUCUAACUACGUCUCCGCCACGUCGGGUGGUAAUAUUUUUACCACCGUGCGCACUUCCAACGGUACCACUACUGCCACUACUGCCAGGUCAAGCAGUACCAAGAAAACAAACUCUACCACUACUGCAAAGGCGACUCAUAAAGGCAAAAGGGCCCUUCAGAGGGCUGCUACUAAUUCUGCAGCUAGUACCCGCUCCACCUUGCGUUUACUGCUAAUUCCCUCCUUACUCAUACUCUCCGUUUUCUUCUCAUAA